UUAUGAAUGAAAUGUAUUGUGCGGUAUCAUUUACCUUUCGAUUUUCACGUGUUAGCGCGCGAACUUGACAGGUGACAUGAAAAAAAGGAUAAGUUGAUAUUGUGAAAAUAUACGUUCCUCUUGUGCCUUAUAAAACUUGUAUCAUUCGUUUCUUCUUAUUGCUCGUGUCAGAAAAGGAUCAAUUUUUGUGCAUAUCAUUAUUCGUGCUCUAUAAAAUAUUAUGUCGAAAUAUAAGAGACGCAUUGUCUCUGUGAUUGUAAGAAAGACUAGCGAUCAAUACUAUAGCUUGAUUAAUUAAUCAUUCGAAAAUUUAUGAUAUGGUGCAUUUUGGACAUGCAAAUUCAUUGAGGCAGGCUAAAGCAUUAGGCAAUUAUUUGGUUGUUGGUGUUCAUACGGAUGCAGAAAUUACAAAGCAUAAGGGUCCUCCAGUUUUUACAGAACAAGAAAGAUAUAAAAUGGUUCGCGGUAUAAAAUGGGUAGAUGAAGUAGUUGAAGGUGCUCCUUAUGUUACUACAUUGGAAACAUUAGAUAAAUACAAUUGUGAUUUCUGUGUACAUGGUGAUGACAUAACAAUGACUGCGGAUGGAAUAGAUACUUAUCACUUAGUCAAAGCAGCUGGUCGUUACAGGGAGGUUCAAAGAACAGCAGGAGUUUCGACUACAGAUCUUGUAGGACGUAUGCUUUUAAUGACACGUCAACAUUUCAAACAAGGAGAUAGUGAAUAUACCGUUGAUAGAGAACCUAGCAAAAGUAUGGGUCAAGAUCGCACAGCACGAAGCCCAUGGACCGGUUGUUCUCAGUUUCUUCCCACUACUCAAAAAAUUAUACAAUUCAGUGAUGGCAAAAGUCCUCAGCCAGAUGAUAAAAUUGUUUAUGUUGCUGGAGCAUUUGAUUUAUUUCAUGUUGGACACUUAGACUUCUUAGAAGUUGCAAAGAAAGAGGGUGACUAUCUUAUUGUUGGCCUCCAUACAGAUCCAGCUGUUAACCGUUACAAAUGUGGUAAUCAUCCAAUCAUGAAUCUUCAUGAACGUGUUCUUAGUGUACUAGCAUGUAAGUAUGUGAAUGAAGUUGUAAUUGGUGCUCCAUAUGAGGUUACUAAAAAUCUUAUGGAACACUUUAAUGUUUCUAUCGUGUGUCAUGGACAGACACCAAUAAUGCCAUGUGAAGAUGGCUCAGAUCCAUAUGUAGAACCAAAAAGACAAAACAAAUUUAAGUUACUGGAUAGUGGCAAUGAUAUGACAACAGAAAAAAUUGUUGAAAGAAUAAUUCUACAUAGGUUGGAAUUUGAGGAUAGAAACUUAAAGAAGGAAAAGAAAGAGCUUGCGGCUUAUGAAGCCUUUGUGAAAUCUAAAACAAAUGGAAAGACUGCAUAAUCAAUUUUUGCAUAAUUACUAUGUGUGAUAAUCAAUUUUAUAGAAUUAAUUUGUAAAUACAUAAACUCUCGGAUUAUAUUAAUUUAUUCAAUUUAGAAAAGAAAGAUAGAAGUGUAAUUUCUUAAUUGAUUGAAAGACUUUGAUAUAUUGUGAAGAAAUUAAAUUUUCUUUGGAACAUAUCGAAAAUUCGGCAAAAUUGAGUGACGAUAUGUUAUUAAUUUUCUGUUUAAGUUAAAAAAUAUCUAUUCAUUAUACAUAAUUUAAAGAAAAAUAUAUAUAAUAUUUAAUAUCAUAUACAGUUGCUAUAUGUAAGCAUGAUAUCUUACAAGUAAAUUAAAUGUUUUAUUAAUUAAUAUAAAUUAUGAUUUUACUGAGAUGUGUAUUUUACUAUUGAUUGCAUAGUAACUUUAUUAAAAAUAUGUAGUAUAGUAUAUGCAAAUUUACUUGAGUCUACUAAAUUACCAAAUUAUAUUUUAUGAGUGCAUAUUUGCUGGAAAACAAAAGUAUGCAGUUAAAUGAGAUUGUCUCAAACUUUUUUUGUAUUCAAUAAAAGUUUAAUAUUAUAUUUAAAAAAUGAACUUAUGAACAUUAUGAAUAUAUAUAUAUUCAUAAUGUCAUUUGUUUAAAUUAUAUUUGUAGUCCAGUUGUUUUACUUUCGCGUGAAAUAACUAUUCUAAUUUGAAAUUUUUAUUUUUAUUUUUCUUGUAGUUUAAUUUAAAAAAAUUAAUUUAAAUAAAACCAUUAGAUUGUAAUGUUAUCAAGUUAAGCUUUAUGGGCCUAUACAAAGAUAUAAUAAUGAUAUUGAGCCAAAGGUUGUAAAAUAAGUGUGUGGCAAUUGUUGAUAUUACGAAUCAUAAUGAAGCAAAGUUAUAUAGGAUUGCUAAAUGUGUCUUUAUACAUCGAUAAACCAAAUAGUAAAAAUAGCAUGUUUAGGGCGAGUGCAAUACGCUUAUAAUUUUUCUGAGAUACGUAUACAUAUAAUAGCAUAUGCACAUUCUCAAUUUACAUUUUUAUGUAAUUUUAUUUAAUAUUUAUAUGUAUAUUUAUAUUUUUCAUUAUAUAUAUAUA